AGCGGACGGGGCGCCCGGCCCCAGCCGCACCCCGCCGCCGGGGCGCCUCCGCCCUGCCGGGGCGGCCGCGAUUUACUCACGGCCGCGACAGCAGGGCCAUCCCGCCGCCGCAAUCACUCCGUGCAGCAUCAGCCCUUCCCCAGAGGCACUUCCUUCCUCCGGCGCCCGGCAGGGAGGGCCGGAGCACUUAUAAAAACGCGGGCACGGGCGCCGAGGCAUGACAGAGAUUUCCCGGCGCCGCCGCCGCCGCCCCCCGACAUGCGGCGGCUCCCACUGCCGCUACUGCUGGCCGCCGCCGCCGCGGGGCUGGCGCUGGGGCUGCCGCCGGCGCCGGAGCCCGCGCCGUCGGGCACGCAGUGCAUCGAGCACGACUGCUUCAGCGUCUUCUGGCAGCCGGGGCCCUUCCGGGCGGCGAGCGCGGCGUGCGGGAGGCGCGGCGGGCACCUCAUGACGGUGCGCUCCACCGUGGCCGAAGACGCCAUCGCGCUGCUGGUGCAGAGCCGCAGCGGCUCCCUGUGGCUGGGGCUGCGCCUGCCGCGGGACUGCACCGAGCCGUCGCAGAAGCUCCGCGGCUUCCAGUGGGUCACCGGCGACCGCCGCACCGACUACGUGAACUGGAGGCAGCAGCAGCCGCAGCCGCGCUGCGGCCAGCGCUGUGUCACCGUGGCGUGGGACCUGAGCUGGGAGGAGCGGCGCUGCGACGCCGUCGCCGACGGCUUCCUCUGCGAGUUCAACUACGAGGACAGCUGCCCCAAGCUGCAGCCGGCCGCUGGCGUCGCCGUCACCUACACCACCCCCUUCGGGGCCCGCGACAGCGACUUCCUGGCGCUGCCGCCGGGCAGCGCGGCGCACGUCGCGCCGCUGGGGUUGGAGCUGCGCUGCGCGGAGGCGGCCGGCGACGGGGGGCUGCGCUGGGGCCGCGACACCCCUGGCGCCUGGCCCUGCGAGCUGGGCAACGGCGGCUGCGAGGAGACGUGCCGCACCGAGCACGGCCGGCCCCACUGCCUCUGUCCCGCCGGCAAGCAGCUGGGCGCCGACGGGCGCAGCUGCUCCUCGCCCUGCGCUGACGCGCCCUGCCAGCACCACUGCAUCCCCAACGGGCCCAGCUUCCUCUGCAUGUGCGACUCCGGCUACGAGCUGGCCGCUGACGGCAGCAGCUGCAGGGACAUCGAUGACUGUGCCACCAAACCAGACAUCUGCGACCAGGAGUGCAUCAACACCGAGGGGGGCUUCAUGUGCCGCUGCUACCAGGGCUACAAGAUGAUGGAGGGACACUGCCGCUUUGUGUCCCACUGCUAUGAGGCUCCAUGCAAGCAUGAGUGUGAGGACGUGCCUGGGGGGUACCGCUGCCACUGCUUUGAAGGGUAUGCCACCCACCCCCUGGAGCCCACACAGUGUGUCCUGCACUGUGAUCAGAGUGAGUGCCUGGCCAAGUGCGACCCACACACCGAGAACUUCUGUGAGUGCCCUGAAGGGUUUAUCUUUGAUGACCGGGGGGAGGGCAUGCUGAAAUUCUGUGUUGACAUUGACGAGUGCAACAUGAACUAUUGCAACCAGAGCUGCACAAACCACCCUGGUGGCUUCACAUGCCACUGUGAUGCAGGGUACAAGCUUGUCAACCAGUACCAGUGCGCAAAAAUAAGCAAAGAAGAGGAAAUCUAUUCUGGCGACUCAGAACCUAGCCCCCAAACACCCACACCCACCCGGACACCGCCAAAGGCAGGCCACCUCCCUGCUGGCGUUUUGGUUGGCAUCAUUGUGGGUAUCCUGUCCAUGGUUUUGGUCCUGCUGGCUCUGGUCUACCAUCUGAUGAAGAAGUGCUGCAGAUCCCCCUCCAGUAUGGAUUAUAAGUGCAACAGCAGCACAGAAAAGGAGAUGGGACUUCAUCAGGUGACCCCAGGAUGCACCUCUCCUAACCAGAAACUGUAGAGAAAUUGGGUAGAGGAGAGAGAGGGAGGUGAAUGGAUAUAGUUUAAAUCUUUUUCACAUUUUUAAUGAAAAAAAAAAGAAAGGAUUUCAGGAAAGCAGUGAUCAUCCCCACCCUUCCAAAAUCACCACUUUUCAGAUAGCCCUAGCAAUGCUUGCUGCAAAGGAAGGGGAAGGUAAAAAGUACACCACCCUGUGCUGAGCUUUUCCAUUCCUGCUCCCUUUACAGAAAGUGUCAGACCUUUUCUUAGCUUUCCUCUUUGCCUGAAUCAACAAUCUCUAUGAAGUUUCAACGAAAGACUGUGUGUAUGUGUAUAUGUUAUGGGAGGAAUAUCUCCAUUUGAAACUGACUUUUUAAAGCCCAUAUUGACUAGAAGGCAAGAGCAUAUAUGCAAUAGACUAUUUAAUUAAUAAUGAUGGACCUUAAACAGUCUCUUGCCUGAUGGUUGUCAGCUAGGCCACCCGAAUUCCUUCUAUUCUUAGCCGAAAAGUGUGCCACCAACUUGGAGGUAAAGGUUUUCCAGAGAUGAAGAGGAGCUGCAAUGCUCCUGCCUUUGUUUAGGUUCGGUUUAAUUUUUUUAAACUGAUUAAUUAUGAAAGAAGUAGCAAAGAUCUUUUGGUCAGCACUUCUCCCGACUUCCCUGCAGAAGUCUGCAUCAUUGGCAGAAUUUUUGUGUGCUUUCUCUAUUUCUCUGUCUUUCUUAUGCAACCUCUCACCUCUAGCAUCAAACCAAUAGAAGUCAGGACCCUACUGAACUUCACUGCUUCAGAGUUAAAAUGGCUGAUUUUUAUUCCUUCUUAUAGCUUUAGGGGUGGCUUGGGGGAGUGCAGGUUGCAGAGGUUAAAUGGGGAUACCAAAAAUGUGAGAGUGAUUUUUUUCCAGGAGAGAGGUCUUUUCAAAACCUGACUGUGCCUUGUGCUGUGCCUUCAUUGCACAAUUUCUUUGACUUUCUUUCAUUGUUGGAUUAAAAUGUUGCUAAGAAGCUCACUUAAUUGACCGCUCCUGUCAGCAAAGUUUUUUCCUGUGUUUCCUUUAGUCUUGUCUUGAUCGGGACUGAGGCUAAAUCCUAUUCAUGUUGAAGCUGGUGGCAGGACUUCCAGUGGCUUUAGUGAGAGCAGGACCUAGCCCUGUGUUUGCUUUCCAGCCACAGACUGGAGGAAAUCUGGAAAACUGUUAUAUGCAUUUUCCAGGUCUUUUAUAAAAUAGUGAGACAGUGGACUUAGGAAGUACCGCAAAUCCAGCACGGUGCCAGUACGUGUAUCAUACAAUAAAACAUGCUGAAAGAAAGAGAGGGGGAGCUCCUAAUACUUGAACCUUAUCUCGUGUGGAGCCAAUGGCUGUUUGUGCAUUAAAUUCAACAGGCAGUGACUGAGCUUUUGCUGACAGGUUUAUGCCUAUGAGAUAUCUGCAUGCAGCAGUGCUUAGUUUCCUGGUAGAAAGUUGGUUUUCUAGUUGAAAGUCUGGUAGACAGAACUCAGAGGGUUGGGUACUGCUUGCAAAUCAGCUGAAAACAGGGCAUGCAGGUUGCCAGCUUGUUGUGCAUCAGUAGGGUGACUGCUAAGCUCUCAAGGAUUUUGUAUUUCUUCCUCUUUCCCGCUUUUGGGUGGAUACAACUUUACAUGCUUACUGAACUUGUUAUUACACAACACUUUUUUCCCUUUGAUACGCCAGAAUGAUCAAGCACCCCUAAGAAAAAUAAAAAAAAAAAAACUUGUUUUACAAACUGCAACUUUCUUAAAGGAAAUGGUUCAAUCCAUUGUUUUGUACACCCAGCACAUUUGUAAAUACUUAUUUAUUUAUUGGAAGUAUACCCUACGCAAUGCACGAUCACACUGUGAUUUUGUGUGUAGACCAAUAAAGCUUUUACUAUCAUCUGGUUUAUAGAAA